AAGAACUCAACAAUACGGCAUUCACUCAAAACGCUCUUUCCUUAAUUCCUUAAACCCUUUCUCCAUCUAUUACAAUGCAUGUGACUCAUUUCUCAAAGGUUUAACAAAAACACACUAAAACCCCAUUCAUUCAUCUCCAAAAAAUCUCACUUUCUUCUCUCUCUAUCUCUCGCUUUUCUCUUUUUCUUUGUGAACUCAAUACUAACCAUGGCGGCUAUCCAGGAAUCACGGAAGGAUCAACCCAAAACGGCACCGUUUCAACCAGCGCCGCCUUUUGUUGAUUCCUACGCCAAAGAUGCAAUGCUUGCUUGGUUUCACGGCGAGUUCGCCGCCGCCAACGCGAUCAUUGAUGCUCUCUGUGGUCACCUUGCGCAGAUUGCUCCAUCCUCCAACGAUUACGAUUCAGCUUUUACGGCCGUACACCGGCGGCGGUUCAACUGGAUCCCUGUUAUUCAGAUGCAGAAGUAUCAUUCUAUUGCUGAUGUGACUCUCGAGCUUCAUAAGGUUGUUGAGAACAAAACUGAAUCGGUUGAAGGAGUGAAGAAGAUCGAUGAGGAAGUGGUGGAAAGUGUCAGAAAUGGCGGCGUUGAUGAUCCGGCGGAGGUGACGGUGGAAGAUGAUUCGCUGGUCAGUGAGAUCACUGAUUCGGGAUCUCAGGAAGUGCAACAUAGUUUUAUGAACAACAGUAUAUGUUCAAAUCAUGAAGAAUGUGAAGGACGUCAUUUGCAGUUAAGGUGCAUAAAAAAUUUCACAGCAAAGGAGUUUGUGAAAGGGCAUCCGGUGAAUGCUGUGAAAGGAUUGAGGUUGUAUGAGGACGUUUUUUCUGAAUCACAACUCUGCAAGCUGACUGAUUUUGUGAAAGAGAUCCAUGCUGCUGGCCAGAAUGGGGAACUUCCAGGUGAAACUUUUAUACUAUAUAACAAACAGGUGAAGGGGAACAAGAGAGAGAUGAUUCAGUUAGGUGUUCCCCUAUUUGGGCAGAUAAAAGACAAUACCAAAAGCAAUAUUGAGCCAAUUCCACCUCUUCUCGAAGGUGUCAUUGAUCACCUAAUUCAGUGGCAAAUAAUUUGGGAUAACAAAAGGCCAAAUGGUUGCAUCAUCAACUUCUUUGAUGAGGGGGAGUUUUCUCAGCCAUUCUUCAAACCACCACAUGUGGAUCAACCUCUAUCUACCCUUCUUCUCUCAGAAUCUACAAUGGCUUUUGGGCGUAUUCUUAUGAGUGAAAAUGAUGGGAAUUACAAAGGUCCACUCAUGCUCUCUUUGAAGCAAGGGUCUCUUUUAGUGAUGAAAGGAAACAGUGCUGACAUGGCAAGCCAUGUGAUGCGUCCAUCCACUAACAAGAGGGUGAGCAUCACCUUCUUUAGAGUGAGAGGAGACAACUAUCAAGGCCAAUCAACAAGUCCUCCAACGACAACGUCUGCAAUGACUCUUUGGCAACCCAGCACUCCCAGUCCACUUGCUUUGCCAAAUGGAUCACUAAGUUGCUAUGAGGCUAUGGACAUGAUGCCCAAAUGGGGGUUAUUUGGUGCUCCAGUGGUCAUGCUAACUCCUAUGCACCCUAUGACAAUGAAUCCCAGUAACCUUCCUUGUGGCGGGACUGGAGUUUUCCUGCCUUGGAAGGGGCAACCAAAAAAACAGCCAAGGUAUCUUCCACCGCGUGCCCAUAAAGGACGGGUUAUGGCAUUACCUUCCCAUGUUGAGUCACACAAGGAAGACUCUACUACUGAACCCACAAUUACUGUUGAGCUAUGAUUUCAGACUCAGAGCAGCCUUGCGUUUAGAGGAAUCUGAAUCAAGUAAGGGGCUUUCAGAACUCAGUUAUGUGCUCUGCGGUAAUCUAUUUUGUUGUACAAACGUGCCCAGGUGCUGCCAGAACAGUUCCUUUCAUCCAUUUCACAUUUUUCCUUGUAGUUGCUUUUAGAUAACAUAGACUCGAGUGUUCACAAAUAGUUUAUUUUGGGUUCCGAUCAGCUUAUAGGAUCUGGAGAGGUUAGCUUCCUAGUUUGGCAAAUGUGAAUUAACAUCAAAGGGUAGAAUUUUGUAUGAAUGGAUUGGUUAUUUAUAUUUUUAUUUUAUAAACUCGUGGUUACAGCAUUUACUUGUGGUUAUAUGUGAGGAUUGGUUUGAUGGAAUAUUGUGAUUAUUAUUAUUUUAUAAACUUUCUUUUGAAGAA